UAUUAUGUAUUCGUAUUUAUUGGGCCACUUUUGCAGUUAACGGGUGUUUCACGUCUUAUCGAAUCACAGAAAUUUGUAUAACCAAGUGAUCACUACCAUCACUUAUUUAAAGUUUGCGCCGCUACGCCUUUUAUAAAAUUAAAACUGAGAAAGCUUCAACUAUCAGAGUCAGACCACCAUGCUGCGAAGCGGUUUAGGAAUUUUGUUCGUAGUAGGAGUUUUGGCGUCGACAGGCCUGGCGCUUAAUUGCUAUCAGUGCAGAAACGGUUUCCUGAGAUCCAACAAAACGCUGGCUGGCUGCAGCCCCAGCAAUGCCGACAACGUCACGUGUCCCACGGAUACCCAGUACUGCUUGAGAACGGACGGUGCUUACAACUGGAGCUACGUCGCGGGGUCUAACAGGAUCUCCGGAUCGUCAUCAGAUGGCAAAUUUUUGGAUUGCGGCACUCCCGCGAUGAUCCGGUUUCUGCUCGGCGACAUACGUCUAGAUGCCGACGUUUACUGCAACGACAAUGUCACAAUGUAUGGACAAUUAUUGGAUACCAUAACGGAUCGUCAGUGGUUUGGCUUGAACGGGACCGUGUGCCUGUGUAAAGGUGUAACGUGCAACUCUGGGAAUACGUUCUCGGCUACCGCUAUGAUGCUGAUGAUCCCGGCUGUACUCAGUGUAAUGUUUUUCAUGAAAUAAUUCGGCUAGAAUAUUAAUCUGGUUUAAUGUUUGGCUGGUGAUUAAAUCUCGAAUCACCAUACUCAAAUACUGCAGCAAAUAAAUUAUUUUCAGAAGAACAUUGGCUUGUGUAUACUGCUGUAUCUGAACUGGCUUGUGUGUAUUGUACUCGUAUAUUUGUGAUAUACAGCUUUCUGCUGCGCAUUGGUUCGUUCAUCUGAAAGCGUGAUUUAUUCAUUGUAUCACAUCAGGAGACAAAUCACUGUUAUUUUCUCGUGCGUAUUAAUUGAUGACCGACCCUUUGAGAAUAAUGGUUUUUAUUCA